AUGGGUAACACGGGUAUGACGGAGGCUACCAUUGCCCACUAUAAUGAUUGGCCAAAUAGCAUGGGAUUCGAUGCAAACUAUGAAGAGAAGACUCCGGUUGAGCUAAGAGUGCAAGGCAUCAUUCCAGUUUACGCAGCAGGCACUCUGUUUCGUACAGGCCUUGGGCCAAGGUCAAUCCAUACAUCGAAGGACACAGAGUUCAAAGUCAAUCAUUGGUUUGACAAUUUCUCCCAGGUCCAUCGUUUCCAGAUCCACGCCCCUCAGCUGGACUCUAAGAACGUGCGGGUCACUUACAGUUCUCGCUUGGUGAGCGAUGGACUGAUUGAAAAGAUCAAGAAGACCGGAAAGCUAGAUGGAUUCACUUUCGCUGCAAAGUACGAUCCUUGCAAAUCCUUAUUUCAGAAAGUACAGGCCGUCUUCCAGCCGUCAACCCCUCCACCGAAGCCGAACGAGGUGAGCGCUGCGGUAACCAUGUCGGUGAACUUUCCCGGCUUUACCAGAGAUGGCCAUAGAACAGAGGGUCCGAGGGACCCCGGCCUUGCGAUGACCUUAUGCAAUAAAACAGAUACCAAUAUUUUCCAAUUUCUUGAACCGGAAACUCUGGAGCCCGUUGGCAUCGCCUACCAGGCCGUCCUUCAUCCUGACCUCAAGGGCGUGGCCAGCGGUGCACAUGCGAAAUCGGACCCCGAAACAGGUGACGUCUUCAACUACAAUCUUGAAUUCGGACGCACUGGUACAUACCGCCUGUGGCGCACUUCGGCAGCCACUGGGAAGACUUCCAUUUUGGCGACAUUUCAAUACGCUCCGGCGUACCUUCAUUCUCUCUUUCUGACAGAGAAUUAUGUGAUUUUGUGCAUCUGGAACUCGUUCUAUAAAGCGGGAGGUGCUUCUAUUCUAUGGAACCGAAAUCUUCUGGAUGCUAUGGUGUGGGAUGGGAAGCGGCCAACCACCUGGUUUGUGGUUGACAAGCGGGCGCCGGAGGACGGUGGUAAGGGUGUUGUCGCCAAAUAUAUUUCCGAUGCGUUCUAUUCGUUUCACACCAUCAAUGCGUACGAGGAACCAUCGAGAUCCCAGAAAGGUGCAAUCGACGUCGUGUGCGACCUGGCGGCAUAUGAAAACAUGGAUGUUCUCCACCACUUCUAUCUCGACAACCUGAUGAGUGAUCACCCCCGAGCACACGCCUAUGCAGAUUCAAUGAGUUCCAGUUCACGCCCAAGCUAUCGACGAUAUCGGCUGUCGGUCAUACCAUCGACACCAAAGCCCGGGCCGUUAAAUGCCAAGCUAGAGUACGAAAGCACGAAGACCGAUGGCCUUGAGCUUCCCAUCAUCAACCCCAAAGUGGUGACAAGGAAGCAUCGGUACAUGUAUGGCAUUUCUGACACUGGGAAGUCGACUUUCGUCGACGGUCUUGUCAAAUACGAUGCCGAGACACAUGCGACAACUCGAUGGAGUGUCCAAGGCCAAAGCCCCGGGGAGCCAAUAUUCGUGAAAGACCCUCGAUCUCAGGACGAAGACGGUGGCGUGCUCUUGUCGGUCGUCCUCGACGGACCUGGAGGAAAGAGUUAUCUCCUUGUGCUCGAUGCAAAGACGAUGACAGAGGUUGGCCGUGCGCAUGUGGACGGCGUGAUUGGGUUCGGAUUCCAUGGCCUGCAUGUUAGUUCCAACGAGCCUGUGGGCAGGUUCAACGGAUUGCAUUUAUAA